CUACUCCACGAGCUAAUCGAUUCGACCUCUGGUUCCUUUCCUGCCCUUCGCCCAAACUACACUUCUACUCUUCGAAUCGAUCAUCCAUGGCGACGCUCGCCUUGCCGCCUACCGCCGCCGCCACCCUGCCCACCGCGCCGGAGGACCCAAACGCGAGCGAGAAGGCUGAUUUCGAUGUCUCCGCUGCGGAUCAGAGUGACAUCGACUCCGGGUGGGUUUUUCUCGGGGAAUCAGAUGUAGUUCCGGCGGAUACGGCCGCCGCUGCCGCUGCGGGCCGUCGACGCCUUGGCUUCACGCCGCUGCCGAUGUUACCUAUCUGGGUGCAGAUGGUGCUUGGAGGCGUGGUCUACACGGCCGUGCCAUUCUACAAGAGGGCCAGGCAGAUUGAAGACAAGGUGAUACAAAACGUGGAAACUGCUUUGAAGGUUUUGGAGCAUGCUGCCGAGGUGACCGAGAAGCUAGCUGCUAAUGUGGCUAGUUCCUUACCAGAGGAUGGAUCCCUGCACAAGGUGGCCGAGGAGAUUGAGUACAUUGCUGAGGUAGUGGAUAAGGAUGCACAGAAGGUUGAAGUCAUCAUUAAGAAGAUUGAAACGAUCAGCGACCAGAUCGACGCGGCAGUGGAGCCUGUCAUCGAAGAACUCGAGAAGGACUUCAAGCCAACCACAGCGUCCGACGCGGGAUCAGAUGCACAGGAAUGACCCUCGAUUGUUCCCUGUUGUAAAUAUUGUUGUUUGUAUUGUUUCCUUAGUUCUCAAUGCCAACGUGUAAAUAUGUUCGUUGUGCCCUAUGAACUAGAUGUACACCAUGGUUAUAGCAAGAUAUUGUAAAUGUGCUGGCUGCUGGGUGCUCGAAUCUGAAGCAUCCUGGACCCUAAUAAGAACACCAUAUCUGAAGAAUGGAUAUGUAUCUGCGUA